GUUGUUUGUUUUCACCAAAGCAGCAGCCGCAGCGCGCAGCGGAGGUUUAUACGGACGAGCACAGAGACUCACGGAAUCGUAUAACGGUUACGUUUUUAACCUUCAUCGCAUCUUAAUAGCCUUCCGCCAUGGCUCUGUGCAGUAGCAUCGGAGCCUUGGCGUUACCCAGCGAGCUCAUCGUGCACAUAUUUUCCUUCCUAUCGGACCGAGAUAAGCUCCGGGCCUCGACUGUGUGCUCCCGCUGGAGGGAGUGUCUCUUCUACCCCGCGCUGUGGACCGAGCUCAAGCUGCGGGUCGGCGGAGGCACCAACGGAGGCGGCUCCGGAUCGGAACAGACCCCGCGGUUAGAGUUUCUCAUGCGAAAAUUUGGUUCGUUUGUGCGAGAGCUGCGGCUGGAAUUCGCCCCGGUGGACAGGUAUUUGAGUCCCCUGCACGGCGGAACGCAACCCGUCGAGAGCGACCCGCAGUUCGCAGAGCGCUGGAAGGAUGCGAUGGUGACAUAUUUGGACCAGGUGUUGUGUGUGCUCAGUGGUCUGCGUAAUAACAGAAACCUCCAGACUUUGAGUCUUUACGGUGACACGUGCGUUCUGCAGGAUGAUGGGGUUUUGGACAGCUCUUACCUUAACCAGGUUGACCAAGGGGGCAAGAAAAUUAAAGAAAUCCAGCAGCUCUUUGAAGAGAUCCUGUCCAACAGCAGGCAGAUGAAGUGGCUAUCAUCUGCGUUCAUGCUCGGUGUGUUGACCCCUCGCUCUCUGGCUUCUCUCUCGAACGCCAGCACCAGCUCUCUCGAGCACCUCAGCCUGCUAGAUAACCAGCUGGCCAGCCUGGUGUCCACGGUCGAGGUGGAAAGGCUCGUUAACCUUCGCUCUUUGUCUGUGGACUUUUGCGACUUCACCUCCGACAUGUGCCGUCUCCUCGCCUCCGCUGACCGAGCGCCGCUUCAUCGCCUUUCCCUCCUACUCAAUGGCGCCGCUUCAGACGUCAAGCCUUUGAAUGGUACGGCAACCGAGGACGAUUGGAAAGGCCUGGUGCGCUGCAGCACAAACCUGCGCGUCUACAUCAUGGCUAUGGACGUUUGCAGCCAGGAUCUUCUGCGUAUUCUGAAACCCAGCGUGCCCCUUGAGAGGAUCCACCUGGACGGCUACAGCACGCUGGUGACGGAUGGUGUGGUGGAGCUCAUCUCCCAACAGUACCACAAAACCCUCACCCACUUCAUCUUGAUGAGAGAUGACGCCACAUUCCCAGACCUCAGCGUGAACCGUAACGAAGACCCGCUGGUUCUCCUCGCCUGGCGCUGUGUGCACCUUGCUGUCUUGAUCAUUCAUGGCUACACCGUGUGGUCCCACAACCUCGUGGCCAUUUCUCGCUUGCGUGGCUCCAACCUCAAUGUCCUGGAAGUGUCAGAAGAAAGCAUCGACUUUGACCCAGACCAGUUGGUGUACAUCGAGGGUGACCCCGUCCAUAAUCUGGUGAAGGAGGUGUCCCUGGGACUGGACCGUGUCUGGCAACCCUCCAUGGACGGCAGCAUGGUCCUGAAUGAACCCACUCAGCAUUUCCACCGCGAGAUGCAAAGCUUCAGCGCGGGCAUGUAGACGUUACCCAACCCCUGUGCUUGGUGAUCGUUCACUAAAUGGGCCCUUUCUUAUUUUACAUAUUCUGUUUUUCAUUGCUUUUUGUUUUCCUUGUAGUGUGAAUUAAUCCUUUACAUGUGCUGUGUUUAAUCAGUAUUAGCUCUAUAUUUAAAUCUAUAUCUUAUCUAUAUCUAUAAAUAUAUAUCCUGCUUAUUACUAGGGAAGUAUAGUUGGGUAUUGGUUUAGUAGCUUAUCGAGUGAAUGUUUCGAGAGGGGCUUUUAUACAGCUUAGCUUAAAAGUUGUACAGUGAGUCGUUUAUCCUCUCGCUUUUGUCCGUUCCCCCUAGAAAGCGUGGAGUUACCUCAAUCAGUUGAUCCUUCUUGGCUUUCGAAAACGACGAAAUCCCACGUUCUCGUUGACCUUUUUAUAGGGAGAUUAGUCUUCCGGCCGAGGGACGGACGGGGCUGAUCCACAGCAGUUCGAACCCCUUCCUCUCUGUAUGUAAUUGUUUUUCGCAACUGAGGAUUGGUGGAAACGACACGUUCGGGACGUAGUUCCCGCUGGUUUUUCUCGACCUGGAAGUAGACGCACCUCUGCUGGUGAAACCAAUCGUAGAGGUUUACUGUCCGGUGCGUGACACCUGCAUGCUGACCGCCCUCCAGCACAAUAUCUGGGCCCAGCCAUAGGUGUGUGUGUGUGUGUGUGUGUGUUUCUCUUUUCUGUGUUUUUGUUUUAAUGAAGUUUUUUCGUCUGUCUCAGGUAGGCAAAAAUUAUGACAAGGAAAAUGAAGAUUAUGGUUACGGCGAGAGUGAAAACAAUCAACUGUUCUGUCAGUUUUAAUUGUUCUUCUGGAGUCACAGUUGCCUUCAAACUCCCCCUUAUUUUUUUCACGCCCGAUUCUUGAUUCAAUCUAUUCAACGUCAACACGGAGCGUCAUUUAUUUAACACGUAAUUCCCAACGGAAAUGUGUUGACGAGAGUGAUUGGAUAAAAUCCAGACCACAGUAUUUCAUCUGUAAAAUUUCAUUAGAUAGAGGGAGGCAGAUGUUUGCUUGUUCCAUAUCUCAGGAUUCCUGCACUUGCGGUACUUUUCCAGUCAAAAGCUUUUGUUAAAGCUCCGUUCAGAGGGUCGACGCGCUCGAUUGGGCAAGAUUUUGUAGAUUUUUGGAGGUGGGAAAGCUCUUCCAACAGAAUGCGCUUUAAAAGCUGGCUUUUAUUUUGAUUUCUCUAGUUUACUCUUUAAGAUUGAAGUUCUCGGUGUGUCGUUUGCUUUUACGUAUGUUGUUCGUACACAUUUUUAAAAAUCUAAGUUAAGCUGUGGUUGCUUGCGUAGUUCUAAUAAGUGAAUGUCAAACUCGAGCCUUCCUGAAAGUGGUAUAAUCCCCCUCUUUCGAGAACAUAUCUUUAUUUUUUUGCAUGCUUGGAUAAAUGAAGAGAUCCGUCAAAGAGCAGAGUACUUUUUUAAACCAUUAAGUUGCCUCGCUAACUCUGUAAGACCUCGAAACGUUCUAUAUUUUGGUGGCACGGAUGACCGGUUAACAAAGCCAAACCAAGUUUGAAACGAAAGCCAUCGCCCAAUCAUCCUUGAUAGAUGCGCUUAAUACAAACCUACAGCCAAAGUGGCAGCUUAAGAAAGAUCUCUAUAUGCAAGUGUUUUUUUCGAGGGUUACCAAGCAAUGAUCUUGUUAAGAUUUGUUAUCAGUGAUCCAAAGAAAGGUUUAAAGCAGUUACCCAAUGAGAUCCAACAGCUCUUGGCACAUGAAGGCCUAGAAGUAGGAGUUUAUCUGUGGAUAAAUGUUACUAUACAUUUUGUAAAUGCGAAACAACACGGAGAUACAGCUUGAAUAAACGGCGACAGGUUUACAACCUAUUAUGGUACUAGUGUCAACAUUAAUGAAAAUGGUAACUUUCCGCAGUUUGCGGCACAGAAAGCGAAAGGGUUUGAGAAUUGAUGAUGUAAGAUUUUAAAAUAAUCGAAAUUUUGCUCAUUUUGAAUAAACCAUGGUCUUAAAAAAAAGAAAAGGUUGUUUCCGGUGCGUUGACAUAGAUGCCAGAAGUGCUUGAAUGAAUGUGAAUCUCUUGUAUCACAAUGCCAGUAGUGAGAUUCUGUAUGGUUCCCGUUUUUACUUCAGUAGAGCACCAAAAAUAAGCAUUUUAUUUAUCUAGAGCUUGUUGUAUAUUGAAUUUGCUCCAAGGACUGGAGUUGAUUGAGAACAACAGUGUUGGUCAGUCUUCUUUCGAACCGCUAUAACGCUCAUACCGUGCCUAUAAAGCCAGAAUAGGUUUCAAACCCGAGACAUGGCACAUUUAAUCCGUUCUUUUUGUUCGUGUGUAUAUAUGUGAAGUGUAAACUUUCAGAAAAGUGCAAACGUUAGAAAUGGGGUACGUUCGUUACAAAGCGCACCGCUUUUUCUGCAGUAAACAGGAAACGGCCUUUCUCAGGGUUUCCGUUAUGAUGUACGGAGGAUAGUCCAAUUGCUCAGGCCUCGCACCAUGAGAGUUUCCAUAAAGAAAUGAUCUUCUCAAUAGUCACUGGAUUUAACUUCUGUCGGCGCCCGCUGCCAAAGAUCACGGUGAUACGCGUUUCGAAGUGCCCACAUGCUGGCAGAGGGCAGGGCCGACGCUUGAUCGGCCGAGAUGUACAAACUACUACUUGUGUUACGACAACUACUAUUAGAUUAAUGGGAGGUUGGACUUGAGCGGUGGUCCACAGCUGUGCUGUGGCUUAGGUCAACAUGCGUUAGAUCUCUCUUACAAUGCACCUGUUUCACUGUGAAAAGUGAAUGUAAUUUAACUAUUGAUAAAAUCAAGGUUGGUUCUAUCAGACCUUUAAGCUGCUAUGAGACGUGUUAGGAACAUUCCACUGGGGAGAUAAAAACGAAAAUGGCCAAAUGUCUGCAUGAAAUGAUUAUUUUUUUACUCUUUUCGUUUUUGUUUUGGUUAGGGCUUGGACGGGAUCUGGAAUAGGCAUACGACUGGUAAAUCAUUUGAGAGCGCAUAGACACGGGCGCAUGUUUUAUUUGUUUAGACCAGUCGGUGGUUACAACUCAGUUGGAUCCCUAAGUUUUUGCUUUUCGUUAUAUGCAUUUCACAAUCUCACGUAGUACGGAGAAAGCUGUACGUACAGAGGCUGCUAUGAACCCCACCUGGAAAAAGAAUCGCCUGUUAAAGCUUUUCCGAUCAACCUUGUGGGUAAAAAGUGGAGUUUGGUUGAUUUUUGUGGUUGACAACUUUUUACACUUAAACCAACGAUCCAACAUUCCCACUGUAGGCCGAAUACAAAGCUCGACGACACGGCGAAGAUGAAAACUAUGCAAAUGAAAUGCAUAUGAUCCAGUGGCUCUUAACUUGUUUUCAUUUUAUUUCUUUUUUUUUUCUGUCACUCAAAUAGAAACAACCUAACUCGCAACGAUACUUGGCCUUAUUAUUGUUAUUAAUAUUGUUUUAAGAUCUAGAUUCUUCGGAAGCCAACUCAGUUUCAGGGGCGACCGUGGGUUUCAGACAUGGUCUCUGUGAGACUGGCCAGCAGGCCCCAGUUAUAAGUGAUACGAAUGUUGUGCAUUUGUUUAAAAUCAGGACAGUUUGCAAUAAAAAAAAGUGGCCAUCACGGGGCACGAGCAGUGCUAAGACCACGCUGCUACCUUAUAAACUAAAAUGGGAAGUUAAAUAAGAUUACAUGCAUACGCGUAUAUAUACAUGUAUAUCAACGUAUAUACUUUUAUGCAACACAUGUCCGGGUUCUAUUUAUGAACAUGAUAAACAAAGUUUAUAAGCGUUGUUGUUUAGCAAAAAUGGUUUUACCAUCUUAAAUGUUUAAUAUUUGGGCAGGUGUGUUCUGUCUAACUUUUUGUCUCCGGUGAGCACACAUAGCAUUGGAUUUUAUAUGUACAUCUGCAAACAAGCAAGUACUCUGGCACAGGUGUGAACAUGCCAGGUGGGAAGAUUUUUAAUGAGAAAUGUGAUCUUUGAGGUUCCACGAUAAAGAAGAAAAAAUCUAUGAAAAACUUAACUGACAGAUAUUGGGUAAACCAGCCGAAUGUUGAUUUGACUUAAUGUUGAACGAAUGCAUUUUCUUUUAAUCGGUAAAUAAAAGCAUUAAAAAUCAA